AUGCCACCGAAGACGACCGAGUCCACGUGGCUCCACGGGACGGUGGCUGGCAACGAGAGCGAGGCGGCUGCUCCGGGGACCUCGUCCCCGCAGCCUGUGGCGGUAUUCGCCAUACGCUGCGUGAUCCCCUCGCUCUACCUGCUCAUCAUGGCCGUGGGCUUGCUGGGCAACUUCACGUUGCUGAAGAUCUUCGCCGCCCGGAGCGCCGCCCGGAGCGUGCCCAACAUCUUCAUCUCCAGCCUGGCCGCCGGAGACCUGCUGCUGCUGCUCACCUGCGUCCCGGUCGACGCCUCCCGCUUCUUCCUCGAGGACUGGCUCUUCGGCGAGGUGGGCUGCAAGCUGCUGCCGGCCAUUCAGCUGACCUCCGUGGGCGUUUCCGUCUUCACCCUCACCGCCCUCAGCGCCGACAGGUACAAGGCCAUUGUAAAUCCAAUGGAUAUUCAAGCACCCAAUGCAGUCCUCUGGACUUGUAUUAAAGCAAUUGGCAUCUGGAUAAUUUCCAUCUUGCUAGCAGUCCCUGAAGCUGUUUUCUCUGAAGUGGCACACAUCAAUGAUGCAGAUAAUGUCAGCUUCACAGAAUGUAUGCGCUAUCCCUUGAAGGAUGAUCUGCACCCAAAGAUUCAUUCGGUGAUGAUACUUUUGGUAUAUCUUCUUAUCCCACUCACCAUCAUUAGUAUUUAUUACUACCAUAUUGCAAAGACAUUAAUUAAGAGUGCACACAAUCUGCCAGGAGAAUAUAGUGAACAAUCUAAAAAACAGAUGGAAACUCGAAAACGGCUGGCCAAGAUUGUACUGGUUUUCGUUGGGCUGUUUGCUGUGUGCUGGCUGCCAAAUCAUGUGCUAUACAUGUACCGGUCUUUCAAUUAUCGUAAGAUUGACCCAUCCCUCAGUCACAUGGUUAUUACUUUGUUGGCUCGAGUGCUGAGCUUCAGCAAUUCAUGUGCCAACCCAUUUGCCCUGUACUUCCUCAGUGAGAGUUUUCGGAGACACUUCAAUAGCCAACUUUGCUGCUGCAGGAGGCAUCCUCAACCAAGGCCUACCAGCUACAUGACCAAUUCUUCAGCCAUUCGAAUGUCUUCAUUGGAGAACCAUGCAAGGCACACUGUUGCUAUGACAACCCUGCUGAAUGGGCAUACUCCUAAACAAGAGAUGUCAUUGUGA